AGCUCCACUACAGUAUAUCUCUCCCACAAGCUUGUAACUUCCUGCCAUUCUUUAAACACUUCCUUCAGGAAACAGGAAGCAUCUGGGUCGCCAUGCCAACAAAUGCAUGUGUGUGUGUGUGUGGUUAGAAUGUCAGUGAAAAACACACACUUCCUAUCAGGGAGGUUGAAAUAUUUAGAUGUCAUUAAGAUUAAUUAGAGAUGAGGAAGCUGCUGAUCUUUAUCCUGUGUGUGUAUGUGUCUGAUUUGUUCUAGAAAAGUACAUCAUUUGGCAGCAACAACAAAUGUUAAUACUUUAGAAUGAAAUAACAAUUACACAAUUAUAAUUCAUCACUGACUUGACUAUAAAGUGCAUUUAAACAUUUAAAAGAAGGAGGAACGUGAUUUGAGAGACAAGGUGUGGCGGGAAACGUGACGAUAUCAAGACACACACUUCCUGCCCGGGGGGGGCGGUUGCUGGCAUAUGAGAGGGGGAGAGCAGCAAUUUGUGUAAAAACACGCAACUCAACGGUUUGAAGCGCAGUGGGAGGAGUCAAACCAUGGCGUCGCUGCUCCGCUGGUUUCAGCUUUGUACUGUCGCCUUUCUCACAUCCAUGUCAACCGGGUCCAACUCGGAACCGAUUUACACAGUCCACCGCUCAGAGGUCUCCUUCGAGCAAGCCCUGCAGGAAUGUCAGCCCCACCACCUCGCCACCUUCACCACCCAGCAGGAGCUCGCUCAACUCCUUCACAUCCUGUCCAACUCUCAUUUUCGACACGCCAAAAGGACUUUCUGGGUCGGACUGAAGAAGGCCAAGAACCAAUGUGUGGUUCCAUCACUGCCACUCAGAGGCUUCAGGUGGACCACGGACGGGGGUGCGGACGUGCACGAGAGUCAGUGGGAGGAGGAGCCAGAACACACGUGCACGUCGGUUCGCUGUGCAGCGCUUGUCACCACCCAAGUGGACGGGUCCACCGUGACCAACUGGGGUCUGGUCCCGCUUAGCUGCAAGACCCGGAACCCAUUCAUCUGCCAGCUGGCAUCCAGACGGGUUGGACUCCAGGACACAAACGCCACGGCUGACCCAGAAUCAACUGAACCUGAAGCACCAGAACCCGCUGCUCCUGAACGCUCAACACCAGAAAUGACAGAGCAAGCACCAGCUGAACCUGAAGCAGCAGAACCGGCCGAGCCAGAACCCGCUGAACCAUCAGCACCAAAAACGGCUGAGACAGAAGCGCCAAAGCCUGCUAAUCCUGAAGAAGCACCAGAAAAGGCUGCGCCAGAACCAUCAGCACCAGAAACAGAUGAAUCAGAACCACCAGCACCUUCUGAUCCUGAAGAAGCAGCACCGGCAUCGCGUGAGCCAGAACCAGCAGAACCAGAGCCAACAGAACCAACACAUCCAACACAUCAGGGAAAACCUGAUGAGGAGGGACCCCACCCUGGGCCCAAAUCUGGGCCUCGCCUGUGUCGCUGGCCUGUUGUGCCUGGAGCACGCUUCCUCAGUCUGGACCCUGACAACAGCAGCAGGAUCCAGGUGGACUGCUGGUCCACGGUCCGGCUGGACUUGCACUGUUCGGGUCGGCCCGCCGUUUGGCAUCUGCCCAACCGUGCUGCCGCUAAUCUGAGCUACGUGUGCGUGCCGUGUGGACCCGGUUUCCUCAAAGACGCCUCGGGUGAGUGCGCGGAUGUGGACGAGUGCGCCGGACCGCAUGAGUGCAUGCACACCUGUGUGAACACGGUGGGCUCGUACACGUGUGUGUGCACCGACCUCAGCGGCCAACAGAACCACGAAGACUCGGCGGAGUGCGCGCCAACCGAGACCGGCGCCGCAGGUCCUUUUUCAGGCGUCCUAGUCCCGACAUUGGUGGCCGUGGCGUUGCUGGUGGUCCUGGUGGCGGUCGUCUUGGUGACGCUCAAGUGCUGCCUGCGGAGGCGGGCCCAUAAGCACAGAGAAGGCCCCGCCCCAAACAAGAUGGCGACCUGAACAGAUGAAAGGUCACUGACUACACCACACUGAUGCACACCGGACUAAAGUAACCAUCUAGAACACAGGUUACGGAACAUGGAUUACUGCGUUGGGGAAUCCCACGGCUCCGCGGUAAAGGAAUGAUGUAUUUUUACAGCAGUUCAACAUAACUAUGAAUAACAAGCAAUCAAAUCAGCACUGUGAUAAAUGAACAGGAAUAGGAGGAGAUGCUGCAAGGUUAAAGUUGUUACUGUUGUCGUGUUAUGAUGUGUUAUGCUAGCAUGUUAUAAUCAGUCAGGGGAGGCAGUCAUGUUGAAAAAUAAAAAAGCAAAAAAUGAUAACAUCAAAUAUUCAUAUUUGUCCAUUGAACUGUGUUGUAAAUGUAUUUUCUGUAUGAAUUUACGGAAUGUAUCGUUGUUAACAUUUGCUUAAGUACAAAAUGCUGAAUUUUCACAUUUGCUGAUGAAAUACAGGGUAGAAACCUGGGGUGAGGCUGCCGGGAGUCGUUACUCCCUUCAUUAGUGCGCAACGGAGCAACCGUGUGAGCGCACUGCACUGCAUGCACUGAAUGCCCACUUCUGAUUGUCAGCAUGUCGUAUGCAGCGUUUGCAGAAACAUUUAUUCUACACCAUGACUUUCUCCAGCCUGUGUCUGUGUCUUUAAUGUAAGUGUGACAUCAUUGUUAUUCCUAAUCGGACAAUAAAAUACAGAGAAAUCAAACAGAGAGGAGCGCAGUUC